AUCGACAACACGCUCGUGCACCUGGCUGGGAGCAGCAUGACUUGGUGAUUUUUCUCGCUCUUUUAAAGUUGUGUUGACUUUUGGAAUUAUGGAUCCCGCAAUGGACAACCAGGGCUUCGUCAAGCGUUCAGGAAUCAAGCCGCCCUCAAAGAUCAAUCUCGAGCCCACGUCGCCACGCGCUCUCACCGAACUGCCCCCUUCUGGCAUGAACGCGCGCAUCGCAAUGUCUCAGUCGACAACGGCCACGAAGCACAAGCCCUCCGGCUUACCCGAGCCCGCCGCCAAACGGAAGACACUGGCAGAAUUGGGUGGUGAACCCUACAAGCCAAAGAUCCCCGCGCCCCCUAGUUCGCGCCACACCAGCAACAGCGUCAAGAGCACUGUUGCACGCGGAAUGUCUGCAUCGCUGUCGCGCGCGACCGGGAAUACCGUCUCUCGCAGUGCUUCUGCGUCCGCCUUUGGUGGUAGCAUGGGUCCUGGCGCAAAAGCCCCCGUUGCGAACGCGAGACCAAAGUCUGCGUAUGGGCACAACAGAAGCAAGUCGCAUCAUCAGCCGUCUCGUCCUGCCACCGCCAUGUCUAAGCGUGCUGGAUACGACGAGGACGAGGAGGCAAACCCCAAAGGUUCGCAGCCCUUUCUUAUCUCCACAAAUCCCAAAGAGACUCUCAAGGUGCUGAAAAAGGCGCCCGUGACCUCGAGAGCGCGCACACAGUCUUUCGAGGUAACCCCUCAGAAGACGUUUCGCAUAUCACAUUCUCGAGCCAUCUCGUCCCCUUCGAUCUUUCGCCCCAUCACCCCUGUCAUCGAAGAACCUGCCGAUUUCGAUUGCGAGGAAGUCUGCGCCAAUCUUGGGGCACUCAAAUUGGGUGUUUCGGAUGCAGAGCCCCGUGAGAGUGAAUCUGAGCGUGGUAUGACUUCUGGCAGGGAUACAAACCCUUUCUUGAAGCCUGCAAAGCCUCCAUCUCGACUUCCUCAAGCAUCGCCUGUUCGACAGACAGUGAACCGAACGCCCACUCGACAUCCUCCAUCCUCUACCCCUAGAGCAAAGCGGACGAAUUUUUUAAAUAGAUUUACUAACGACCGCUGUCCAGACUUUUACGAUGAACGAAUGGAAGCGAUGGAAACGCAAUUUCGGGAGUUUACCGCUAGGAUGGAGCGCGACAUGCAACAAGCAACCGAUAACAAAGAAACUGCUCAACAACUUCAGGGUCGAGUUGCUGAACUCGAAGCCAUCCGCGCCCGAUUAGAAACUGCAAACACCAGCCUAGAAUCUGAUAUGAAAGACACUCAAAGUUGCCUGAACACUGUGAAGAUGGAGCUGGAGAUGACACGACGAAACCACACUUUUGAAGCAGACGAUUUGCGCAGAAAGUUGCGCAACGAAACGGAAGAACUCGAAUUCCGGCAGCGAAAAGAAACGGACAGGAUGCAAAGAGAGAAGGAAGAGUCCGAGGAGAAGAUUGUCAGAAAAUUCAAAUCUCAGAUUGAGGGAUUACUGAAAGAGCACCGCGAGGAAUUGGCAGAGCUGAGGAAGCAGAUCGAUGCCGAUGGUGAAGUAGAACGCAGCAGGCGGGCUCGCGAGGCCCAGGAGAAAGAAGCAGAGUGGGGCUCGAAGUUGAGAGCCGCUGGACACGAAACAGAGGCCAAGCAGCGGGAGCUACAGCUUGUUCAAGGGGAACUCAUCAACGUCAAGGCAGAACUCGAAUCGACCAGGAACCUCAAGACUGGACUCCAAACACAAUUGGGCUUGGCGACGACCAACAACCUCACAUUGGAAGCCGCAAACCAAGCGAUGAAAGAAAAGAUCAACUUUCUCGAAUCCGACAGCCAAGCGCAGUCGCAAUCCUUCAACGAUCUCCACAAGAGAAUGCAAGACGCCAUCGAAGCAGCAGAGCUGGCCAACGACAAACUCCGCCAGGAAGAGACACUACGACGAAAGCUCUUCAACCAAGUGCAGGAGCUCAAGGGCAACAUCAGAGUCAUGUGUCGUGUGCGACCGAAGCACGACUCCGAGAACGAUCCUGCGAAGAUCUCGUUUCCGGACGUGGACACAGAUAGCAAGGAGGUGGCCAUGCUUGGUCCAGAGAAAAUGAGUGCGACCGGGAAGGAUAUCACACCUUCAUACGCCUACUCUUUCGACCGUGUCUUUGGCCCAGGGUCUCAGAACGGCGAAGUCUUUGAGGAGAUCAGCCAACUUGUUCAGAGCGCACUGGAUGGGUAUAACGUCUGCAUCUUCUGUUAUGGUCAAACCGGAGCUGGAAAGACCUUCACCAUGUCUUCAGCUGACGGCAUGAUCCCACGUGCCACAGCGCAGAUCUACGCUGAAGCACAGCGCCUGGAAGAGAAGGGCUGGCGCUACAAGAUGGAGGGUUCGUUCAUCGAGGUUUACAAUGAGACAUACAACGAUCUGCUCGGUCGUGCGGAAGACCUCGACAAGAAGAAGGUCGAAGUCAGACACGACCCUGCGAAAAAGCAGACGAUUCUUGAGAAUACUGUUAGCGUCACCCUCGACAGCGCGCAACGAGUUGAGGAAAUCCUCGACACGGCAGACAAGAACAGGACAGUAGCUGCCACCAAGGCGAACAUGCGAUCGAGCAGAAGUCACUCGGUCUUCAUCCUGAAGCUCGUCGGCACAAACCAGAUCACAGGCGAGAGAAGCGAGGGCACACUCAACCUCGUCGAUCUCGCCGGCUCCGAAAGACUCGAGCACUCCAAAGCGGAGGGCGCGCGACUGAAAGAAACACAGAACAUCAACAAGAGCUUGAGCUGUCUAGGCGAUGUCAUCAACGCUCUUGGGUCCGCGAAAGAAGGCACCCAUGUCCCGUACAGAAACUCAAAGCUCACAUACCUCCUCCAAUACUCGCUCGGCGGCAACUCCAAAACCCUCAUGUUCGUCAUGGUCUCCCCGCUCCAAGCUCAUCUCCAGGAAACUAUCACAAGUCUCAAAUUCGCGACAAAAGUCCACAAUACGCAUAUCGGCACGGCGAAGAAGCAGACGAAGACCAUCAAGGACGAUAAGCCGGCGAGUGCGGGGGCGAAGGCUUGAUCUGUGUGUGUGUGUGGAUGUGGGUGGGUAGGUAGGAUUUGUGUGCGGGGGUUGUCUUGGUGGGUUUCUACAUUCUUUCUACUUCUUAGGGUUCUCUUUUGCAGCGACCGGUGAAGUGUUCGAGGUCGAUUUGCUGGUUUCUGUUCUGUUCUUUUCUGUUCCGUUUGGGUUCUUGGAUAUCGUGGGGUGGCGUAGAACAUCUGUUUGUUUGUUGGUGUGUGUGAGAAUGGCGUUAUGAGAACGAGGCGCUGGUUAGGCAGAUGUUAUGAUGACGUCUUUUUCCUACUUUCUAUUCAUUUAUUGGUUGUGCUGUGUUUGGUCUGAUGUUGGCUUGAUGCUUGAUGUUUGGUGGUGUGUCAGUGGAUGUGUUAAUGAGGAUGUCUCUCCAUCCAGUUUAUACAGCACUGUCCU